GACAGAAGCCAAUCCGGAGCUGCGACUUGGGGACUUGGAUGGCUUGUGUCUGUGCGUAUGUGUAGUUUCAUUUUAAAUUCUUACACGUGUGUCUGAUUUUCGGUACGUGAAGCGUCAUCAGCCUUUAGAAUGUUGCGGCGGCUUGCCCGAGAGCGAAGAGAAUAUCUGUACAGAAAGUCUAUCGAAGACAAGCGGAGAACCAUCGAAGAGAAAAAGGAACGUUUAAAGCAAGCUCUAGAAGAGAAUCGGCCUAUCCCGUACGAACUCCGGGCUGAAGCUCUCGCGCUUCAGGAGCAACUCGACUGGGACGAUCCAGGGGGUGAAGGCGUGGUGAGCCAGGAGGAUGACGAGUACCGCUGGGCGGGUGUGCGGGACCCUAAGAUUGUCGUCACCACUUCCAGGGACCCCAGUUCCAAGCUCAAACAGUUCGCCAAGGAGAUGCGUCUGAUCUUCCCCAACGCCCAGCGGAUGAACAGGGGUGGCUACGAGAUGAAGCAGCUGAUAGAAGCCUGCCGGGCAAACGAAGUGACCGACUUUAUUGUCGUCCAUGAGACCAGGGGAAAUCCCGACGGGCUAGUGAUUUGCCACCUGCCGUACGGACCCACAGCCUACUUCACCAUCCUCAACACUGUGAUGAGGCACGACAUCCCCAACAUAGGCACCAUGUCCGAGGCCUACCCUCACCUCAUCUUCCACAACUUCAAGACGAGGCUCGGCAAAAGGGUGACAAACAUUCUCAAGUACCUCUUUCCAGUCCCAAAGGAGGACUCCCACAGAGUCAUCACGUUUGCCAACCAGGAUGACUACAUUUCUUUUCGGCAUCAUACCUUCAAGAAGGAGGGCAAGGACUACAAGCUCCAAGAGGUUGGGCCGCGGUUUGAGUUGAAGCUGUACGAGAUCAAGCUCGGAACCCUAGACGCUACUGCGGCGCUGGAUGUGGAAUGGAGCCUGCGUCCCUACAUGAACACCGCUCGGAAGCGAAAGUUCCUCAGCGACGAAGACGCUUUCGACAACAAGGACGCUGCACCCGAAUAAAGAUGACGCUGGCUGUUCCGGCAAAACAGAAA